AUGAAGUCUUCACACAACUGUCCACCGGAUGGAUCGUUCGCUCAGCCGCAUAAACUUGCACCUAACUUUGAAUGGUUGCUGCUUCAGACGGUGAUGCAAGAUCUUACCUACAUAGAUGAAAUGUCGCGUCGUGUGGAAGACAACGGAAUAGACAGUGAAGAACAAUAUUUUAAAGAAGGUGUGAAUUCGAUCAAGAUGGUCAAAAAUACAGAAAAGCUUGGAUCCGGGGGCUAUGGACAAGUGUACAAAGCGCUUGAUCUUGUAAAAUGCCAAAUGGUUGCCAUAAAAAUAGAAUCAAAAGAUGGUGCUUCAUCCAUGAUGGUACUGGAAGGCAACGUGCUUCGGCGUUUUCAGGACAGCAGGCAUUGUCCGCGUUUCAUUGCUUGCGGCCACUUUGGAAAUAGAAUCUUCAUCGUCAUGCAGCUUCUUGGAUCCAGUCUGUCAAAUCUGCGACGUUUGCAGCCGGGCCACAAGUUUACCAUUGGAACCACUGCUCGCGUAGCCGUCGAAGCCAUCGAAGCUAUUAGAGACCUUCACGCCAUUGGCUACGUUCACAGGGAUGUAAAACCAUCUAAUUUCGCAAUAGGAUAUGAUUCAUAUAAAUGUCGAACGCUUUACCUGCUUGACUUUGGUAUGUCAAGACGAUACAAAGAAAAAAACGGCAGCCAUCGUCCUCAGCGAGAGAUGGUAGGUUUUCGAGGAACAGUUCGCUAUGCUUCAUUGACGACACACGAAAAAAUGGAUUUGGGACGAAAAGAUGAUCUCACCUCAUUAUUCUACGUAUUGUUUGAAAUGAUCGCUGGUCAUUUACCAUGGAGAUACGCCAAAGAAAAGAGCGAAGUGGCAACACUGAAAUUAAUGUGCUCACCACCCAUCCUUUGCGAAAGUUUGCCGCCACAGUUUCUAUCAUACGUGGCGCAUUUAUCAGCAUUGAAGUAA